UGCUAUCCACUGUUGGCUAAUCACCACUUUCUUGCCUGGCAAUGGAACUCUCUAAUGACCUGAACGAGGAGCAGGCCCAUGGUUAUGAUGUCACAAAGUACAUGAAGUCAGAGGUCCCAUGGAAGGCAAGGGAAGAAAACGGUGCUGGGAAGUGCUCUGCAGGGCAGCAUUCCUGGCAGCCAUCCUGCUGCUGCUGCGGGUCAAGGUGGUGAAGCCUCAGAAAGGCAGCCUGGACUCCAACGAGAAGAGUCAGACUGAGGAGAUACCCUCUACAGACCAGGACGAAGAUCACCUUGAAGAGCACUUUGUGGCCUCCUCAGUGGGUGAGAUGUGGCAGGUUGUGGACAUGGCCCAGCAAGAGGAUGACAAGACGUCAGACACAGCAGCUCUUCGUGACCACCUAUUUGACCUUGUCUUCUGCUUCAAUCUGGCCAGCAUCAUGGUUUUUUUAUGAGGGACAUUGAGGCUGAGGUGGUGGCCUGGUUUCUAGAUGAGGACCUGGAUAUCUACCUCCGCUUCAUGAUAGCUUACUGACCCUCUCUCCCCACUAGACUCCACGCCACUACUCCCAAGAGUGGUAUAUAUAUAUAUAUGGCUUCCUGCCUCUGGCCAGUAGCUCUUCACCUCAGGAUGCAGCAAAGGGAGAGACCCUUUCAACUGCCCAUUGUCACAGCCUGACUGCCUCCCCACCCUCUGAGUGCCAUCUCCCAGGGCUGGAGAUACCAGACCCCACACCCUUCUCUCUCCCUGGCCUCUCUUGGCUCUGCUCGAGACAGCAUGUUAGGGGAAGAGGGCAGCAACAAUAAGAGUAACAGCAAUAAAAUCCUGAAAACAC